UCUUUCUCAUCAACACAAGCUACGAACAAAACCAAAGAUUUCAAUGGAGAAAACAACACACAUAGCAGUUAUUCCUGGUAUAGGCUUCACCCAUUUAGCUCCCAUUCUUAAUUUCUCCAAACGAAUUGUUCAGCUUCACCCACAUUUUCAUGUCACCUGCAUCAUUCCCUCAAUUGGCUCUCUCCCAAAUGCCUCAAAAGCCAUUCUUCAAACUCUUCCUCCUAACAUCAACCCCAUUUUGCUUCCACCGGUUAACCUCAAUGACCAACCACAAGGGACUCGUCCACUAAUCAAAAUGCAUCUCGCUAUGACUCGCUCUAUGCAAUCUAUUCAUCACACUCUAAAGUCCAUAACUUCAAACGCACCCAUCGUCGCCAUGAUCAUUGAUUCUUUUGCCGGUGAAGCACUAGAUUUCGCUCGGGAGUUCAACAUCUUGUGCUACAUGUACUUCCCUUGCUCAGUCACCACACUCUCCACGUACCUCUACAUGCCAAAGUUGGAUGAGGAAACAACAUGUGAGUACAAAGAUCUGCCACAUCCUGUCCAAGUACCAGGUUGUGUUCCAUUUCAUGGUCGGGAUCUAUGUUGCGCAACACAAGACCGGAGUGCUCUCCCUUACAAACUCUUUCUACAACGUGUUAAAUGUAUUCCUCUUGUUGAUGGAGUCUUUGUUAAUAGCUUCUUGGAAAUGGAAAAAGGUCCUCUAAGAGCAUUGGAAGAGGAGGGUAAAGGGUACCCUCCGGUGUAUCCUGUUGGACCAAUUGUCGAAACUGGGACAACUUGUACAACUGGGUCGGAGUGUCUGACAUGGUUGGACAAACAACAAGAUGGUUCGGUUUUGUAUGUUUGUUUUGGGAGUGGUGGAACACUCUCACAAGAGCAAAUGAAUGAGCUGGCACAUGGCUUGGAAUUGAGCAAGCACAAGUUCCUGUGGGUUGUGAGAGCACCAAGUGAUGAAGCCAGUGCUGGUUAUCUUGUUGGAGAUAAAGAUGCAGACCCAUUAGAGUUCUUGCCAAGUGGGUUCUUGGAGAGAACAAAAGAACAAGGUAUGGUUGUUCCUUCAUGGGUACCCCAGAUUGAAAUCCUUAGGCAUAGUUCAGUUGGUGGGUUUUUGAGUCACUGUGGGUGGAAUUCAACCCUAGAGAGUAUGGUGCAUGGUGUGCCACUCAUCACAUGGCCACUGUUUGCAGAGCAGAGAAUGAAUGCGGUUGUGAUGAGUGAGGGAGUGAAAGUGGGAGUGAGGCCAAGAGUGAGUGAAAAUGGGUUGGUGGAAAGGGUGGAAAUUGUGAAGGUGAUAAAGUGUUUGAUGGAAGAAGAAGAAGGAAGAGAAAUGAGGAAGAGAAUGAAAGAGUUGAAAGAAGAUGCUGCUAAUGCUAUCAAAGAAGAUGGAUCUUCAACCAAAACCCUUUCUCAGAUAGCAUUCAAGUGGAAAAGUUUGGCCUGCGAAAACAGAUUUUGCUGAAUGCUUUAGGAUCUUUGCUUUUUAUGUUUAGUUUUGCUUUGUAAUGAAUGACACCGAGUUAUGUGGAUUCAUGGCACCUGUACGAUACUGUAUUUAUGUAGAAUGAUCAUUUGUGUGAUUAGGACUAUGGUGGUUAUUGAGUGGAUUUUUCAAUAUCGA